UUUUCACUUCUAUAUACGGUUUAUAUAUCGAUAACGCUGUAAUUGUGUGCACCUGCUAGCAUAACCUAAAGGGCUUUACUGAAACUAAAGUCAUAGAAGAAACAAAAAUGAGUUCAACUUCAUUUUCAAUUAGACCUGCAACAGAAGAUGACUGUAAAGAUAUUAUUCGACUAAUUAAGGAAUUGGCAGAAUAUGAAAGAAUGCCAUGUGGUCCCAAAAUAGAUGAAGAUGAUCUACGAAAGGAUGGGUUCGGGGAGAGACCUUUUUAUCACUGUUUUGUAGCAGAAUUAAACAACAAAGAAUUAUGUUCAGGUAUUGUUGGAUACGUGGUCUACUUCUUCACGUAUUCAUGUUUGGAAGGCAGAUCAUUAUACAUGGAAGACUUGUAUGUUAGUUCUCCUUAUAGACGGUGUGGAAUAGGUCAUGCCCUAUGGAAGAGGGUUGCUCAAGAAGGAAUCCAAAAUGAAUGCUUUCAUUUAUAUUUUGCUGUGCUGAACUGGAAUACGUCCUCUAUCGAGUUCUACAAGAAACACGGUGCUACGAACAUCACAGAAAGUCAAGGAUGGAAUAUGUUUCGCCUGCAGAAGGAUGAAUUAUACAGUUUAGCUGAAAAAUAAAAACGUGCUUUAUUUUUUCACCAGAGUGAGAACAACAAAAAAAAA